GACAAGGCUAAUAUAUACCAGGCCAUCUCGUUACCCCGCCGGAUUUUGACCAUUGGCAUUCCAAGUUUGAACCAACUUCAAAACCCUUAACAUGUCGCCCAAGAUUCCUCAAGCGCUCGCAAAGGGCGACACAAUCGCGUUCGUGUCCCCAUCGGCUCGCAUGCAUGAUGCCAUCCCCUGGCGAUUAGAAAGGGCGGCAGCCGUCCUGGAACGUGCCGGAUAUAACGUCAAGAUCAUACACGACCCGCAAGUGCCCAAGUCACCCCUCAGCGCCAACAUCGCGGCCCGCGCCGAGGAGGUGCACUCGGCAUUUCGAGACCCCGCCGUCAAGGCCAUCGUAUGCUGCAUCGGCGGGUCGACGGUCAACCAGCUGCUCCCAGCAUUGGAUCCCGAGAUCAUCCGUAACAACCCCAAGAUCCUGACUGGCGGGUCCGACAAUACUCUGAUGCACCACUUCUGCUACGUCAACGGGCUUCGCACGUUCUACGGGCCCUCGGCCAUCAAUCAUUUCGGAGAGUGGCCGGAGCCUCUGAGCUUUACGUGGGAGCAUUUCUUCAAGGUCGCCACUGUCCAGAGGCCGGCCGGUUCGAUGCCCCGCAGCGCCGAGUUCAGCGAAGAGUCUAGCGACCGCAAGACGGAGCCGGAGAGGCUAGCGAAUGGGACGAUGCGUGCGCGGGCCUUGAAGCCGGCGAGGGGGUGGCGAUGGCUCCAGGCGGGCAGGGCCGAGGGUGAGAUCUGGGGCGGCUGUCUGCCGAGUCUGCUCCAGAUGAUGAAUACGAAGUGGGAAGUCUCGUAUCAUGGGAAGGUCGCCUUCAUCGAGACGCCGAAGGACUAUCCCCUAGACGUUGCUAUUUGCAAUUUCCAUGACCUGAGAAUAAGGGGCAUCUUUGAUCAGAUUGUCGGUCUCGUUGUCGGGCGGCCUCACGGGUAUUCGGUUGCGGAUGUGCAAGGUUGGGAGGAUGAAAUUGUAAGAGCAUUGGAAGGGUAUGACUUUCCUGUGCUUGCCAGUGUGGAUGUGGGCCACACUGAUCCAGUGUUGACAGUUCCCCUGGGGGCAAGAGUUAGGCUCGAUCAAGCUCAAGACCUGUGGGAAGUGUUGGAGCCUGGCGUUUGUUAAGACAGGGCAUAGACGCGAAUGAAGAGUUCCGUCCGCGAGUGGGCGACUGGUAAAUUAAGCUGCUUCAUGCGCUGUGAAAGCGGAAGGCAUUGCAAAUGGUAGUUGGUAUAUAAAUAUUUAGCACAAGUAUCUUUUCAUCAUAAUCUAAUCUAUCGUCAAUCGUACAUAGGUGAAAGCCGCAAGCGCUUGAUUUAUAGAUGCCUUCUGUCGUACCGUCCACCCUCGUAUGGAUAAGAAACUCAGUCAACACCACCCCAAUUUGCCCAACAUGUAAAACUACGGAAUCAUUCGUCGUAAUAUUCGAGAGCAUGCAAUCUUCAAAAAAGGGAGAAUACAGAGGAUAGCCCAUGACCACUCCAUUGCUGCCAGCCUGGAGGGCAGGAAAAAGAAAAGAAAAGAAAAA